GUGAGCCUUCAUUGGGGACACUGGAAGGCACCUAUCUGGGACUCAGACCUCUGAAGUCAAAGCAGAAGAAAGCUACCAAAGCCUAGAAAGAAUGGCCUCUACUGGACUGCAGAUUUUGGGCAUUGCCCUUGCUGUGCUUGGCUGGCUGGCUGUCAUCGUUGUGUGCGCCCUGCCAAUGUGGAGAGUGACAGCUUUUAUCGGCAGCAACAUUGUGACGGCUCAGCUCAUCUGGGAAGGCAUCUGGAUGAACUGCGUGGUGCAGAGCACGGGGCAGAUGCAGUGCAAGGUCUACGACUCUAUGCUGGCCCUUUCUCAAGACCUCCAGGCCGCUCGGGCCCUCUCUGUCAUCUCAAUUGUGGUGGGGCUGCUUGCUAUAUUGGUGUCUAUUGUGGGAGGCAAAUGCACCAACUGUGUGGAAGAUGAGUCCACCAAAGCAAAGAUAAGCAUCGUUGCCGGCAUUGCCUUCAUACUCUCUGGCCUGCUCAUCCUUAUCCCUGUGUGCUGGACUGCCAACACCGUCAUCAGGGACUUCUACAACCCCUUGCUGACAGACGCCCAGAGGAGAGAGCUGGGAGCCUCACUCUACAUCGCUCUUGAGAUGGCAGGCAUCGCUCUGUCGGUGCUCGGAUGGAUGGGGGUAAUCCUAAUCUGCGCCUUGCCUAUGUGGAGGGUUACAGCCUUCAUUGGCAGCAACAUCGUGGUGGCUCAAGUCUUUUGGGAAGGCCUCUGGAUGAAUUGUGUCAAUCAGAGCACUGGGCAGAUGCAGUGUAAGGUCUAUGACUCCUUACUGGCUCUUUCACAAGAUCUGCAAGCUGCUCGUGCCAUGGUGACCAUCUCUAUUGCUGUGGGCUUCCUUGGUAUCCUGCUGUCAAUUGUUGGAGCCAAAUGUACCAACUGCGUACAAGAGGAGAGUAUCAAGGCCAGGAUCAGCAUUACCACGGGCAUCAUGUUCAUCAUCACCGGGCUUCUCACCCUGAUUCCUGUGUGCUGGACGGCCAACACAGUCAUCAGAGAUUUCUACAACCCUUUGCUGACAGAUGCCCAGAGGAGGGAGCUCGGAGCCUGUCUCUAUGUCGGCUGGGCAUGCUCGGCUGGUCUGAUUGCGGGUGGUGCUCUGCUCUGCUGCACCUGUCCACCUAAGGAGGACAACCACUACUCUACCAAGUAUUCAGUGGCAAAAUCCACAGCUCCCAGUAAGGUCUACGUGUAAUGGGUGCAGGUACAGAAACCAUAGCAACAGAAUCACAUGGACUGGGAUCCUCAAACAGUUUAUGAAAAAUUGGAAGAACCUGAUAAUCAGGAUCUUGUCGAAUGUGCCAAUUCAUCUUUUUUAAGUGUUUUUAUUUUUUUGUUUUCAGUGGCUUUGUAAAUAGUUCCUGCAUACUCUGGGAAAAGUUUUAUAAAGGGAAUUGAAGUGGAGAGCUUCAGGAGUGUUGAGAGUUUUGUAAAAGUGACCAGGAUUUGAAGAGACACUGAGUUGAAGUUUCAUUGCUGUGAACUGCUGGAGUGGGAAAGGCCGAAGAACAAGCAAUGACUGCUUAGGAUCUGAGCGUCUUUGAGCUUUCAUGGGGUUGUUAUUCACUUUCUCAGUAGUCUCCUGCACUGGGUCUUGAGCUGUGGGGGUCACAGUCAACAAAGGGUCACUUUGGUACCCUGCAUGGCCUCCAUCACUUAACAGACUUAUCUACUCUAGAGCGACUUUUUUUACGUUUUUCGAUUGUGCAUUGUGAUUUAUUGUAAAUGUUAAAAAAAUGUAACAAACAAUGAUGCUUAAAAAAUCUUAA